CCAAGUUCCCGUUACCUCCAUUUUAUAAUAUUAUUCUCCCUCCCUCCUAGGGUUUCCAAUUUCCCAAUGUCGCAGAUCCCUUUCAACAAGGGAGACCAAGUGGAGGUCACAAGGCCAGGCCAUGGCUCCACCGGACCCUACUACCCAGCCACGGUGCUCCGUCCUGUAUUUAAGGACAAGGCCCACAUGUUGGUCCAGCACCAAACGCUAACCAACCCCAACGCCGACGGCUCAAAAACCCUAACCGAGAUUGUCGAAUUGCGCAAUGCCAGGCCUAUGCCGCCCAAAGAGCUCUACGAGUUCUUCAAAGUCGGUGACGACGUCGACGCCUAUAGAGAUAAAGGGUGGUCUCGCGGGACUGUCAGGGAAAUUUUGGAGAAUUCCAAGUACUUGGUUGCGUUCCAGGGUCAAGAAUUUCAGUGUCAGCAGUUUAAUUUGAGGCUGCAUAGAUUGAAGAUGCUCUUAGAUGAUGCUCUAUCUAAAGUGGAGUGUCCGUUGCAACAUAGAUCACACCACCUCCCUCUCCCGCCAAGUUCCCGUUACCUCCAUUUUAUAAUAUUAUUCUCCCUCCCUCCUAGGGUUUCCAAUUUCCCAAUGUCGCAGAUCCCUUUCAACAAGGGAGACCAAGUGGAGGUCACAAGGCCAGGCCAUGGCUCCACCGGACCCUACUACCCAGCCACGGUGCUCCGUCCUGUAUUUAAGGACAAGGCCCACAUGUUGGUCCAGCACCAAACGCUAACCAACCCCAACGCCGACGGCUCAAAAACCCUAACCGAGAUUGUCGAAUUGCGCAAUGCCAGGCCUAUGCCGCCCAAAGAGCUCUACGAGUUCUUCAAAGUCGGUGACGACGUCGACGCCUAUAGAGAUAAAGGGUGGUCUCGCGGGACUGUCAGGGAAAUUUUGGAGAAUUCCAAGUACUUGGUUGCGUUCCAGGGUCAAGAAUUUCAGUGUCAGCAGUUUAAUUUGAGGCUGCAUAGAGAGUGGGAAGAUGACUCUUGGGUCCCUGUCUUUCAAGAAGAGAAAACGUCCCCGGUGAAGUCCAGAAAGUUGGUAUUGAAAAUUAAGUGCAGCAACAGAACAUCGGGGGCAAGCUUCGAAAAUGGGACUGUGGUGGAGGUUAGCAGUGAUGAGGAAGGUUACAAGGGUGCUUGGUACACUGCUAAAAUAAUUGACCAUAUAGGAAGCGACAAGUUUCUGGUGGAAUACGAGCACCUGGUAACCGAUGAUGGAACAGAGCUCUUGAGAGAAGAAACAUGUGCAAGUUAUAUUAGACCUUGCCCACCUCGGCUUCCACCAGUUGCUCAGUUCAAAGUGCUCCAGAAAGUCGAUACUUUGUACAAUGAUGGAUGGUGGGAGGGUACCAUUUCCAAAGUUCUAAGCGGCUCAAAGUAUGUUGUCUACUUCAGCACCACGAAUGAGGAAUUAGAGUUUAAACAUUCCAAUUUGAGGCCUCAUCAAGACUGGAUUAAUGGACGAUGGAUCCAUGGUUACAUGGUCAAUAAAUAUGGAUAUGAUCACAAAGAGUUUGUUGACAAAAGGAAAUAGAUAAAUAAGCAAAGGGGGCAUCUCGACGAUGUUGCUUUUUCCAAUAUGUGAAUAAUGUAUAAAGUAGGUUUAGGGCCAGUAACAACUGUCGUAUGAGGAUAUUCUGGAGAGUCCGUUAUGCCACACUGAAUUUAUCAAAUUUAAUGGUCCGCCAUCAUGAUCACGAAUUUCAUUAUUUGGUUGAAAACAAGCACUAAUUCUUGAAAAUGCAGGAAAAUUCUCGUGAGGCGGUGGCUACAUCAGUAAAUUUCAACAGUAGAUGCAUAGCUGAAAGAAACUAUGCCAAAGUUCAGUAGGGCAACAGAGGUAGAGGUCAAUAGUGAUGAAGGUUGUUUUCUUUUACAUAUUUCAGGCAUCUUUGAAUCUAUAGUUGAUCUUGUCACAAGUCUUGUGUGCUUGACUGAUUGUAACCCCCGGAUAGUACCAAAGUUCCCCAUUCAGGAUAAAUCUCAGUUCAGCAUCAUGUAAUCAUUUCUAGCAGUUUCUUUA